GAAGAUCACGUGGUUCUCCUCUGACUUUUGACGUGCAGGAGUGCAGCGACAGAUUGAAGACGGUAAGUUUGAGACAAAUUACUUUUCUCCUGCCCUGUCGUGUCUCGCAUACAGUUAAGAUUCCCACCGUGAAUGUUUUUAACGGUUUCAAAGCCGAAAUGAAGCGAAGCUACAGUAUUUUUUUAACUGAAACGAGGAUUGUAAUUGAAGAAGCAGUGACACAUUGAAGUUAUGCAAUGAACAGAUGAAUCAAGGCAAUCUGUCCUAUGGGCAUGAGCUGGACGUGCAGGGAUGUAUCCCGAUUUAUAGAGUAGCAGGUGUGCUACACAGAGCAGUAACACUUUGCCCAAUACAGCCAUGAAAGACACGUGCAGGCUGCUAUGCUUAGCUCCAUAGUAAAGUCCAAGCUACAAAACAUAGGGGAGAGUGGGGUAAGUUGAGCCACCCCCUGUUGCUUGGAAAUGGUAAAAGAAAUUGAUCAUGUGACCAAAUAUUUAGGAGAUGGGCAUCAAUACCAGCUGAGUAGUGUAUAAUAGAUAAAAAUACACAUGAAUAUGAAGAAGUGACUUUUAUUUAGGGAGAGAGAAGGUGAGGGAGGGCUGGGGUGGAGAGUGAGGGGGUAGCAGGGAUACAGCUCAACUUACCCCGCUCCUAUGAUCAACUUACCCCAUACACAGGGUAAGUUGAUCAUAGGAGACCACUUUUUUGGCAUGUUAUUUUAUCAAGACAGUUCUGUUUACACUCAUUCUGUUGGUUUGCAGGGAUGAACAACAUCUUGAAAUAUAUGCAGAUACACUAGUUAGAGACAAAACUAUGAUUGACUUGAUGUAGAAAUAUAAAAAAUAGCUCAUCUUACCCCACUCUCCCCUAUAGCCUGAACACUGUCAUUGUAAAAAGGAAAUGUCAACAGCUAAUGCGGCAUACUUUUAAAGUGGCAAUUUCCUUAAAAUUGUUCGUUUGAGUUUUGUCUAAUGGAAUGUCAAUAGUAUUUACAUCCCCUCUGUGCUACUCAUUUACGUGUCAGUUUAAUCUCCACUGCUAAACACAGGCAGUUUGGCUUUGCUGUGAAUGCAGACCAGAAGAAAGAAAACUUUGAACAUGUGUUAUUCCGUUGUAAUUUUUUUUGCAUUUACAUUCAUUUGAAUGUUAAAGCCUUUGAAGUUGAUGUUUCAUGAAUGCAUUUCAUGUAUCUGUCACAGCAAAACUUCUGUCAAAAAACAAUAGUUUUACAAAAUACAAAGAUACUUUGUAGGCUCUUAUGAAUACUGAUCGUCCCACAUGGGUCUAUCAAGGGAAAAUAUCUGGCAGUAAGAUGUUAAUUUCACCCUGGAAAGAACAAGGCAGGUGAUUUUCUUUUGGGUGAUUAUGCAUAAUACCAGGCUGGUGUUGUCAGUCUAAAGCUUUUGGCCAGAAGGAAAAGGAAAAAGAGGCCGAAGGGGAAAAGUUGAACUCAAUGAGUAAAGAGUAAAGACAAUGACUAACUGAACUAAUCUGUCCUUUACAAACUGCUUCUCAGUUAUGUUCAGCUGACUUGCAUAGGUUAGUCCCUCCUGAAACUGUACAGGCUGACUACAGCUUAAUGAUCUGCAAAGAGUACGGUGUUUUAUUAAGAAAUUAUAAAACACAACCAUAACAAAACCAUGAACCGGCACUCGCAGAUCAGAAGGUAUUUCUUUGCAGGUAAAAUAUAAUUGUAAGAAAGACUGUUACAAAAUCAAUAUGUGUAUUUACAACCUGAGACUUUGCACCUACUACAUCUGUUACAGAAUACUUCUAAAGACCGCUCUUGUUGAAGGACUCUCAGCCAUAUCAGAUAAGCUUCAAUGAUAUAACACAAGGCAAUCUCUGUCAUGAGUUCCAUAAUGCUUUAAAAUUAAAAGGCUCUAAUUUUUUUGUCUUAAGUAAACUUGAGUUGUGUCUGCUACAAAUUGUAUGAUGACAAAUAGCCUGUCAAUAAUUCUAAGCCUGUCAAAGAUUACUUCACAAAUCAAGCGGGAAACUCAAUAAGAGCUCGAUCCAGCAUCAUACCCUCAGUACGCCUGUUCAAGGUGAGGAUAACUUUUCAGCAAAGUUUGAUUGCAAGUAGUUACAUAAUAUGUCUGUAAUUUAAUGACUCUCUACUUUGACUAUACUCCUCACUUUAAGCGUCUGCACACUGAAAGCUGAAAUUAUCUUCAAUGAGCAUGGGCGGGAGUUUUUCCUUCUAGUUAAGAAUGGGAGCCUUUUUCAUCUAAAUGAACUUGGUAUUACUAUUUCUCUUUCUUUGUUUUUCUCCACAGCAGCAGUGAAAGGUGCACUAUGGGCCGUCUGGAUGGGAAAGUGAUCGUGUUGUCAGCUGCGGCGCAGGGAAUCGGCCGUGCUGCAGCAAUAGUAAUGAGCAUUGAUAUGACUUCUUGCUGAUAUAUCUUCUCUAAAUUCACAGAGAAAAAUUGUAUAUUAAGUAGUUUAUUCUGCACAGACGGAAAGCUAUUUGUAUUUUGACUUUAUUAUACAUUUCUGGCUGUUGUUUAAUGCAUACAGAAGAUUUAAAUGUGGCUGUUGCGCUAAAAAGUGCCAUAUGUCAUGAUACAGAUAAUUGGGUUGAUACAAAGUGCAGCUUUGCUAUAUGAUAUAGAUGUGAACAAUUUUCCUACCAAAUUCACCAUUGAACCUUGCACUUGAUUGCAAAAAAUAUGGCCUUGGUUUGCUUUCAAAAAACUCCAUCGAGACUAUUCAGGAUAUUUAAGAAAACAUCCCUUAUCCAUCUUAUUCUUUCUCUAUAUAUCUUUUUUUUUUUUUUGCAUGAAAUUGCUGAGAAGCUAAGAAAAAGAAAACAUGCUACACAGCCUGGUACAGAUCAGGUCAUCAUUAUCACAUCCAAUCCCAUCAAUUGAUGUCCUCCUGUGUUGAAAAUGUGCUUUGUUUACCGUGUUUACUGCAGUGUGAAAGAAUUCACACACAGAAAAGAUCUUUUAAUGUCUCAGAUCAUUAGCUCCAAACAACAUGGCAUUAAAAGUGCAAGAGGCCUAUUGAACAUGCUCUAGCUAGACUAUAAAGGAAGUACAGCUGUUGAUGUGUCGGGUGCUGUGGUUAAUGGUGCGGACACUACACAGCUUGCACCUGACCGAAGGUGGAAUGAAGCGACUGCGCGUAAAUGGGAGGCAACAAAAGGCUAAUUAGUGUUCGAAAAACCGACCGUCCUCUUUCUGUUCCAUGUUGAGUUUCCUUUAUUUUAAAAAAGAAAAGAUCUUUAAAAAUUUUGUUUGGAUCACAGGGUCUCAUUUCUGCAUUGGAGUAACAAGCAGUAAGUUUGUAUUCUAUGACGACUUGAACAGACGUAUAUUUACUGGAACUUACUCAAGUUUUCCAUCUGUAGGAAUUUGCAAAGGAGGGAGCUCUAGUCACAGCGACAGACAUCAAUGGAGAGAAACUGAAGGAGCUGAACGGCAUUCAAGGCAAGAUUUGUCUCUUUAUGUGAGGCUGACAUCUGCUGGCUAACCAGAGUAAUGCAGUCACAAUAGCUGAGAUGUUUGACUUUCCUCCUUCAUUCAUUUUUUUCAUUUCAGUGUUUUAAAAUCAGUAAUAUUUUUUAUUUUGAUAAAUCAAUGUAGUGAUUCAUAAUAGUUGUAAAACAUUAUGAAGUAGCUUUAUUUCAGAAGUGUAGAUUUGUAUUUUUAGCAGGUCAUUAGUGAAUUUAAGGAGCAGGUUUACCAUUGGAACUGUCCCUUGCUGUAUUCGGAGUGAAACAAAUGGACACCUCGGUCAAUUCCUCCUUUAAUAUAACUCUGAUUGGAAAUUUUCUGUUAAAUGAAUAAUUAACAUGAAAGUUAAUAAUAAAAGUAAAUUUAAUUCUUGCAAGAAUGGAGCACAACCAAAGCAUCAAUGAAUACACAAAAGUGUUCCCUGAUUGUGGGGGUUUCAGUCUUUUAUCCCCGCUUUCUCAGCCCUCUUGAACCUUCGUCACCAUUUCCAAAUAUGGUCAACAGACUAUUUAAACAAGUCACACUUGCACCUUGUUUCAUUCUAUUUGUUAUGCUCCUACUGUCCUUGCAUGGUGUCAGUGUGGCUGUGACCUUAUCUUCUCAGUGAAUCCACACUCUUGGAAUUUUACAACCUCUGUGCACAAGCAAAGCACAUAACUCCCAGCUGCCUUUCUCUUAAGCUGCUAGAUGAAAAGAAAAAAAAAAAAGAUUGCUUCAUGUUACACUAGUAUCCCCUACAAUAAAAUACAAAUAACACAGGUGGUUUGGGUAUUAUAGGGAUGUAAACCAGUGAAACUCUCAUUCCCACUUAAAGUCCUUUCCCUCUCAUCAACAGGGAUCAAGACCAAGGUUGUGGAUGUCACGAAGACGGACCAAGUAGAAGCCCUGGCCAAGGAGCAUGACCAUGUAGAUGUGCUGUUCAACGUUGCCGGGUACUCUGCUUCUACUGUUUUGGGAAAAUCUAUUGCAUAGGGUGCCAUACCACUGCAUUUCCCAUUUUAAUGAGCACCAGUAUUCAUCAGCACAGCAAUUCCACACAUAGAGAUUGACCAAAAUUUUCUUUUCACUUUUGUUUUCUGCAAUAUUCUUUCUAAUAGCAGUGCUAAGCUGUCAAGAAUGAACCAAAAACUUUCAUAAAACAAAACUUGAUAUUUGUACCAUUUUUUUGUUUCAGUCAGUCAAAGUGUGGAAAGACAAAGUAACACACUUUUAUUUUAAGUAAUGAUAUAAGUUGUGAAUAAAAGGUGUGCAAAGCUACAGAGAUUUACUUUUUUCCAAGUGUCUAAAUGUAAGAGCAGAGUAUAGAUAAACAUACAGGCCUACUCCUGCCUUGGCAUUUGAAAUACAACCACAAGCCUUCUUAUAGUUCCAACAGGCCUCUACUUUAAUCACAUUUAUCCACCCCUUGACUUCAUUUCCAAAAUCCCUAUACGAAAAGGUUUAACCUCUACUUGGCCUUGUGUCAAGCUCCUUAACAAAGGUCUUUGAAUUGACACCUUUUAAGACUAAGUCAUAUGUAGAAGGGGGUUUCAUACAGCAUCACCUCCAGCAUAACAUUUUAGUAAAUAUUCUAUAUGUCAUUUUGAUCUCCUCUGCCAUCUGCUUUUAAUCUGAUUGACACCUCAGAUGAUUAACCUCUCUGCCAAAGCCAUGUCUGAAUUAAUCUACAUGUACAGUGAGUCUGUUUUUGCAAACUCUUUAAGGUUACAUCGUGUCCACUGUCGACAGGUUUGUGCACCACGGCACCAUCUUGGACUGCAAGGAGACCGACUGGGACUUCACAAUGAACACGAAUGUCCGCAGCAUGUUCCUCAUGUGCAAAGCUUUUUUGCCUAAGGUGACCUUUGCCCACCAAACCAAAAACACAACACUAUUUAUCCUGUUGCUGAGAGGAUGACAGAGGUGCUUUUGUACAGUUAGCGACAUAUGCUUUGAUUUUGUUCUCAUCCUUUGUCCUCUGGGAUUAGCUGUAUUACUCUGAGCCUGUGCCAUGAUGGGCGGUGACUGCCCAAUCACUAAUCCAGCUUUAGCCGGCAAACUCACCAAACUGUCUCAAACGGAUCAUUGUACCUUGGAUCAUAGCAAAAAUGUCAUUUAUCGUUUUGUUAAAAAAAAUCAUCCUAAAUACUGUUUCAAACUUUACUCUUCACAUGCCGACCUUUGUGAUAUCUUUUGUUAUUGUAGAUGCUGGAAAAGAAGUCAGGAAACAUCAUAAACAUGGCAUCUGUUGCAUCUAGCAUUAAAGGUAAAUAGUCGUCUAUUAAUCUUUCCUCUUUAGAUGAGUGUAAAACAAAUAUUACACUCAAUGAAAAGGAUAUUUUGCCGUUUAAGUAGGACCAUGAACACUGUAAUCCUCUUAUCUCAGAUAAUUGUUUGCAGUGGUGUGUGCGUGAGUGACAUAUGUGCGCUGCCCUCCUCUCAGGUGUUGUGAACCGGUGCGUCUACAGUACUUCAAAGGCUGCAGUGAUCGGGCUCACCAAAUCUAUAGCAGCUGAUUUCAUUGACAAAGGCAUUCGCUGCAACUGUGUUUGUCCUGGUAAGUUCAGAAGGCCCCUACAAAAUAAAAGCAAGUCCUUUUAGUGUACUACUUGAGCUUUUCCCCAAGGUUGUUAGCACUGUAGUAGAUAAUACACUGCAGACAUCCUUGAAAGCAAAACGUGUUUACAUUCACAGACAGUGUGUGCAUCAGGUAUACAACUUCAAUUACUGCCAUGAGUAUCUUUUACCUUUUAUAUCAGCAAACCCCAUUUAUGCACAUCUUGUGAUCAAAAACAUCCACAAUGUCAAGGUUGUUCUUUCAUAUUUUUACAGGUACUGUUGAUACUCCAUCACUUAGAGGAAGGAUCCAGGCUCAACCUGACCCAGAAGAAGUAUGAGUACUUCAUUUCUCUAGCCUGUACUUGACAUCACACAACAAAUAUGUUAUCUUAUCUCUGUUUCCAUUAGAGGAAAUCCUAAUGGUCAGGUAUUGCAUAUGGUAAUGUCAAAAAUUUCAACUCCACAGGCCUAUAAGGCUUUCAUGGCACGACAAAAGACUGGCAGGAUGUGCACAGCUGAAGAGGUGGCAUACCUGUGCGUGUACCUGGCGUCAGAUGAGGUGAGCGCUUGUCAACUGAUCCUUGUCCUGAAUGUUUAUUGCACAGUUUAUCUACAGGAAGUGUUUGCAGGGCUGCGUUAACAGAUUAAAUGUAGGCUUGGGUACUUUGAACUUGCUGUAAAAAUGUAAGGCGAACAACCAAGUGGAAGUUGCAAAUAAAAGCUAAUUAAACCCUCACCCUGGAUAUGUCAAAUGCAGAUUUAGUCAUUCAGAAUGCAUGUGUAACCCUGAUUUAUGUGUGUGAUAGUAAUGCAAGUAAAGCUAAUGAGGACUUUUUUAACUUUUGUUUUGGGCUCCUCCACAGUCUGCCUAUGUAACCGGGACAGAGCACAUUAUUGAUGGAGGCUGGAGACUCUGAGAACACCUCUGGAAGCUCAUCUUUGCAACAGACGGCCCAGGCACUUGGUUGUUUUCUUGUUUGAAGCCUAAAUAAAGUUUAUAUAAAAUGUCUUCAUCAUGCAAAAUUAUUCUGUAGAGACUUUUUAAUUCUUUCACUGAAAUCAAUUGUGCAAACCUAGUUUAGUUUAGUUGUUUAUUCAAACAGGUGAAAAGAAAAAACAAAAUAAAUACAAUGUGCCUUGGCAAAAAAAACAAUUAAAGAGACGGCUCUGUAGCAACAUGAAUAAUCAUACUUUCUUCGGAAGGGUGUUGGAUGAAGUUGAUAAAACUUAUCUCGUCCCACCCCUUUAUUGUUGUGUCACUAUAAUUUAAUCAGUCAGAUUAUGUGUAGGAAUAACAGAACAGAAGUAAGAAAAUAUAUCCGAAAAAAAGGCACAUUGUUAUAAAUUCAUGUUUCUGUUUCUCACUUAUAUCCACUCAGAAUGUGGUUUAUAAAAAUAAGUUUGAACUUGCUCAGUGAUCUGCAGGUUUUUAUUCCUUUGCUGCAGCUUUUCCACAUACAGGUACAGGUACAUACAGGUUGUUUUUUUUUUUCAAAUGCAUAUUCCCCUGAGAUUAUGUUUGUUUUCUCUUAUUUGAAACAACUUUUGGAUGCCCUGUGGUAACUGAUCCUGAUUUGCUCUGCAUGAUCUGAAUUGUUUUGAGGUAGACCAAAUCCUUCAGUCUGAUGAAGAGUAGGUUUGAUGGUUCUCUGUAGGUACUUUUAUUUACUAUUUUUAUUGCUCUUUUUUGGAGUUUGUGUAGUGUGCACCUAUGCACCUCUAUCCUGCUCAUGUCACAGCAAGAAUAAACGUCAAAAUCAUACAUGCAAAAAUUAUUCAGGUUUGGAAAUUAGUGAAAAAAUAAAUUUAAUAAAUUGUGGUUGAAAAUAUGAUUCAUAGUGAAAUAUGUUUAACCGGAAUUAAAAAUUUUUGACCAAUA